AGAUACCAUAAUAGGUACCGGAAAUCAAGGAGGGGUGUUUCGUAAAUUCCCAAGUAACGACUACACUUCGCGUAUUGAUUCCUUGACGGUCGUUAUUGACUCUGUGACGGUAACGGUGACGCCGCGGCGGCUGUCAAAUCUCUUUUUUCUCUCCAGAAUCUUUUUGUGGCCUCUGAGAGACCCUCUGGGACGAAACGCCAGAAAACUCCCAAAGUAUCGUUCUUCCUCCUCUCUUUGCAACAUCGAUACAGAAGAUUUAUGGAUAACAGGUGCAAAUCACUGCAGCACUGUUCCGUCGCAAUUUUUUUCCACCGACAAGUGUUUGACUUUGUGGUUCCGUCGCUUUUUCAACCCUUCGAUAGAUUCAUUCCUUGGCUACGCUUUCUGAGUCACAGAUAACAUUAAAGCAACUUUCUUUCUCCUGAAUUUUUCUUCUGAAAAGAUAAAUAAGUGCUUACAGUUAUUGACUUCGACCUUUUGCAAGCAAGAUCUUGACAUCGUGGCUUUCUGAGUUCUAAAUCUGCAUAAUUAUUCUGACAGAGAUAUUGCAAAGUGACUUGAGUUCCAAUUAUGCUGUAAAACCAAGGUGACUGCUUCAGCCCAAUCUUCCGUUAAGAAGAUGUCGUGGGCUAAGGGUCAAUCCGCUGGUUGGACAGCUUUUGAUCUCAAGCAGAGAAAGAACAUCAAUUUUGAAUCUGAAGUUGAUAAAGAUCAUUUCCCAGCUAUAGGCACUUCUGAAUCUACAGUCAAGAAGAACCAUCUUCCUGCAAAGCCUUUCUCUUCAGUACUUCUGCCGACUAAACAUUUCCCACCGUUGAAAGAGGGUUUGAAUAACAAAAAGGCAGUAUUGGGUUCUGAUUCUGAUGAAAAAUAUUGUGAAGGCCCUGCUCAGGAAGAUGUUAAUUUAGCUAUCAAAAAGCUUAGAGAGCAGAAUCUUUGGGCUGAACAUAGCUUGAUAGAGGAUAUAUUGGCUGCUGUUAAUAACAAUGUUGAUAAGGCCUCAGCUUUAUUGGAAACAAUGGCCUCUGCAGUUAAUUUUGAAGACUACAAAGUAUCAUCUGCUGUGAUAACUACGACAGAUGAUACCCCAUAUAAGAAUAAAACUAAUGAAAGUCUUACUUUGGGAAAGGUCAAGGAUGAUAUUCCCUUUGAUAAUCACCAAGACAAUGAUAAAGUCUUGGAGAAUAGAAAUGUUUCCCCGAUUCAAAACCUCUUGAAUUCUGUUCCUGUAGAGCCUGAAUGGGAGGAUGAUGAUAUUUACAUUAGCAAUCGAAAGGAUGCAUUAAAGACAAUGAGGUCAGCAUCGCGACAUUCUAGGGCAGCUUCUUUUGCUUUUUUAAGAGGUGAUCAUUUGUCAGCUCAACAUCAUUCAAUGAAAGCUCGAGUGGAAUGGCAUACUGCUGAAGAGCUUAAUUCUGAUGCAGCCAGAAAAAUUUUAAGUAUCAGGAAUAAUGAAAAUGAUAUCUGGAGACUUGAUUUGCAUGGUCUUCAUGCAACUGAAGCUAUUCAAGCAUUGCAAGAACAUCUCUACAAAAUUGAAAGCCAAGGCUUCUUAAAGAGUUCAUCCAAUGGAGUGAAACAAAACGGGCUUGGACAAUCUACUCUUAUCAACAGUGCAAAAUUGGACAUCCAAGCACCAUUACGACUUAGACCAUUGGCAUUACAUGUCAUAACAGGCGUUGGUAAUCACAGUCGGGGACAGGCCUCCCUUCCUACAGCUGUUAGAAGUUUCCUCAAUGAAAACAGAAGAGGUAUCUCUAUUGAGCCAUUCUGUGAUCCUCCAAACUGCACUUCAAAUCUUAUGGAAAACUUUGGAGCUACACAAAGAACACCCUCCACCACCACGACACCUUCAUCAUCCACCUUAGACACUUAUGAAUCAAAGGGGCAUCACGAAAAGUUAUACACUGAUUUCAAAAUUUACUGGCCCUUCAACAUGCCCUUGACUUCAGAAGCUGCAGCACUUCGUGUCAUCAGAAACUUGGAGAACCUUGGCUUAUACUACACACUCUUUGUGUGGAUCAUUCUCUUCAUUGUCCUCAUUCCUCAUCGUAAGAUCUCAUUGAUUUUGCUGGUCAUCAUGACUUAUGUGACAGUCCUUUACUGUUUACUUCUAAGGGCAUACCCCAAAUCUGUUUUCCUUCACAGAAGCAUUGAUAAAAGGUUUGUCUUGGCUUUACUAGUGUUUGCAGCAAUAGUGCAGCUGAUUUUGACUGAGGCUGGGAUUCAUCUUGCAGUGACUUUGGCUUGUGCUGUGCCUUUGGUUUUGGUGCAUGCAGUUUUGUGGGUUAGUCACCAUGCCUUUGAGAUUGAGGAUGAUUCUUGUACCAGAGAAUUUGCUUCUGUUGCUAGUCAUAAUAGAUGUACGUGUGGAGCUAAGGGCAUAGAGAAUGUUUAAAGUUUGAUUAAUUGUGUACAUAUGGUUUUAAAUUGCCAUUGCAAGGUGGUAGGUAGCUGCGGAUUCUUGCAAAUUAAAGGAAAA